CAGUGCUCCCUCGAAAGCCUGUUUAUCACGUUGCUGCUUGCAUAUCAUGGCAGUCGUUGACUUACAUAGGGCGUUAUAUAACGUCAAAUGCUUGGGGUAGCCUUACGCUUACUGUAUUGUUACUUACAGUUAUACGUCCUAAGAGCGCAGAAAGCGCUCGUAAGUUGACUAAAACAACUGCAGGCUUGUUAGGUCUACGUUAACUGGUAAUGGACGUAGAAUUAGACGGUUUGCUGGAAGCGGCGGAUAGGGUACCAGUCAUAGUGACCAACCGGGAGGCAAAUGGAGGAGGUACCGCUGCAGGAGCGCGGCGAGUUUCAACCCCUUUGCAAUGCAAGGUCUCUGGGUGCGCAAGCAACUUAGCGACUGCCCCCAAGACUCACCAGCGCUUUCGCUUAUGUAACCAGCAUAUAAAGGCACCCGUCAUUUUGGUGGAUGGCGCGGCGUCGCGUUUUUGUCAGCAAUGCAGCAGGUUCCACCCGCUGAGUGAAUUCCAUGGCACCAAUCGAACAUGUCGCUUGAUGCUCGUCAAGAACCGUGCGCGCCAGCGGAUUGCGGCCGCUGGGGUCCGUGGCGGUGGCAGUGGCUGCGACGAGUCCGAAGACUUAGAGGCCCAACAACCUUCGUUCCAGGAAGCACAGCAGCAGCAAAAAGACAGUCCAGGGAUUAGGUCCCGAUCGCUGACUUGCCAGCCAUCAACGUCAUCUUCAUUGCAGUUUCUUGGGCAGUCAUCUACGUCAUCCAGGUCGGAGACCUUCAGCACCUUCAUGCUUGAAACCAAAAGCGGAGGCAUGGCUAGCAGCAGCGGAACUGGCUUCAACGGCGUGUUCAGCACAGCGACAGCAACAGCUGACGCCGGUGGCGACUGUGCCGGGGUUGUCUCAUCCCCCGCCAGUCGCCACACUAACGUUGCUGCCCCCCUUGCUUCCACCCUUUCCAUGUCCGCCGUCACAACCAAGCAACCUGAGAGCCCCUUCGCUAUCGCGUCUGCCACGUUUGCUCCAGCAACAGCGCCGGCAUCAGCAGUGGCAGCAACGCUGCUGCCCGCGGCACAACCUGGCAUCGCUGCUUUCCCCUCUCCUAACCCAGGCAACGACGGCGGCGGCGGCGGCGGCGAUCUUGAGCCAAGCUGCGAUGGCGGCGGCAAUGCAGCAGAAACGCUGCUUUUAGCACCGCACUUCCCAUACGGUGGCGAUGGCGGUGACGGCUUUCUCGGGGGCUUUGGCGGCUUCCAAAGCCUGACGAGUGAUAUCAACACCGUCGGCGGUCCGUUUGCCCGCGCAUCAGCACCUGCUGAGCUGUACCACCACCACCACCACCUUCAAAACCAGAUCCAAUCCCCCGCUGGUGUGCCGUACAACACCGCCUUCUCCCACUCCUCCUCCUCCCUCCUGCUCAUGCAGCGUGCCGGACAGCUGUCCGCCUUCCCGCGCCACCCGCUAACAAGUGGUAGUGGCGGGCAGCAACCUACGGCCACACCUCCUGCUCCCUCCUCCCGUCUAGGGUCCCCUCUGCAGAGGCAGCAGCCGCAGCAGCCCUGUUGGCCCAACCACCACCACCACCCGCUGUCACCACAGCAAGAACCACAACCACCAGCAGCAGCCCAUGACCAUCAACAUCAGCAACCGCCCCUAGCAUGGCAGCGUCCGAUUACCCCAGCUGCUGCAGGGAACGGCUUUGAAGUUGCAGGACGAUGUUCCCUGAUGGGAGGAACCGCCACCGAUGCUACUGCUGCUGGUGCUGCAGCUCCCACUGCUGGCAGGCUCAUCGGGCCGGGCGGCAGGUUCUCAAGGAUGUCCGCUCCUCCCCUGGACGCAUCCGCGGCGGGAGGGUUGAUGACACGGAUGGCAAGCAAUGCCGGUGUCGGCAGCAGCAGCAGCAGCGGCAACCUGGCAGGAGGGUCGGCGGGGCAGCUGCCGCCACUGUCGCCCGCACGGUCACCGCUGGCGGCUACAACGUCCGUGGCUUGGCGAAGCCUUGAACGCGUUUCCUCGGGCAGCUCGAAGCGCCGCCGCAGCAUGAUAGGAGGAGGAGCGGCUGCGGAGGCAGGCACUGCGAAUGUACGGCACUGCAGCAGCCCUGGAGGCAACACUGCUGCUGCUGCGGCGGCUGUAGCAGCGCCGGCUGAGUUUGGUGACGACGAUGCAUUGCUGCUGCCAUCGCUGCCGACGUGCGCGAUACCGCUAGGAGAAACGUUGACGCCGGCGACAGCACCGGCGGCGCCACUACAACCCCCAGCCGGUGCUAGCAUUGCGGGCCUGGCAUCUUGGCAGGGCCAUGCCGCAGGCGUACAGUCCCUGGUAGCGUUUGGGGAGCAGCAGACGCAGGAAGUUCUUACCCAUAAACACCAUGGCAAUACCCACCCGCAUCAUCAGUACCUCCAGCACCACCACCAGCAGCUUCAGUCUUACUACAGAGCGUUAAGCGCGGGCUGCCUGACUGACGGCGAUGGCGGGCCCGGCGAGGGCGGCAUCAGCGCCCCAGGUGACGUCCGCGGCGGUGUCGCAAGGACCUGCAGCCUGGGCAGCAGCAGCGUGCAGAUCGCUGCUGCCGCUGCCACUACCGCGCUAGGGGUGCAGGCGUCAGCGUCGCUCGCAGAUACGACGGGUGCGGGCGCGGGUGCUACUGCGGCUGCUGUUGUGGGUUCAAGCGGACCGCUGACUCCACGGCAUGCCGCAGCUCUGGCGCUAGGGUCCCUGGCGUUAGAGGAUGCUGGCGGCGGCAACGAGGAGGCAGCAGCCGCUGCUGUGGGUGGUAAUGGCCCUGGAGGCAGCAGCAACAGGGACGGCGCUUCCGCCGCCGCGGCUGUAGCGAGCGUGGCGGCUGCGGUCGCCGCCGCUGUUGAUGAUGGCGACCGUGAUGAUGACAGCGGCAACCUGUCAUUGGCUGCGCUUGCGGCACAAUGGGAGCUUGAGAACGACGGGGUUGCUGACAGCUGCUGUGAUGAGGAUGACAGCCCCUGGGGUAUUGCAACGCUGGUGGGGGAAACAACAUCAGCAUUGCCAGCAGUGAAAGGGGAGUCUGCAGUGACGUCGUCGGGCAUGAAAGGAGCGGCGGCAGCAGCAGCGGCCGAGCCCACCGCAGCGGCUGCAGCUGCAGCAGGAGGGGAGGCCUGCGGAGGCGGCGGCAGUGGCCGAGGAGGGAGGGCGGUGGGUGACGAGACGGAGGAGCAGCUACGGUUGCUCAUGUGCGACCUAUUUGGCGGGGCGGGAGGAGGAGGGGGUGCGGAAGAGGACAACGAUGAGGAGGAUGGUGGUGGUGCUGGUGGCGGUUUUGGUCCUUUGCAUUUGCAGCCACCCAUGUUGCCGCCCCGGUCGCUGCUCCAGUCCCCACCCCCAUCAACGUCACCACAACCACCGUCGCCGCUGCUGCUUCCUUUGCACGGACAUGCAACACAGCUACACGCCGCAAUACAGCCACAGCCGCCGUGGCUGUCACGCCACUCUGCGCCCGCCCCACAGCUGCAACCGCCGCCUCUGCCGGCGCCGGACUGCAUGUCGCAGCUUCCGCAGUCACAGUUGCAGCAGCAGUGGUGCCUUUACCAAAAACAACAUCAUCACCACUACGCACACCAACAACAUUACGUCUACAACCAGCACAACCACUACCAACAACACAGCCAGCACCAGCAACAGUACUUCAAGCAGCAGCAGCAGGGACAGGAGCAGCGGUACAGUAUCCAGCAGCACUCCCAGGAACAGCACCACCACCAGCAAGUACCCCAGCAGUGGCCGCAAGGCGGGUCUAAGGCGAAGAAGGAACAAGAGGAGGAGGAGGGAGCUGCUUCCACUGUUGCCCCAGUGCCGGCGGUGCCGGUAAUGCCAGCAGCUGCUGCGGAAGCAGCAGCUGCUGCAAGGCUAGAAACCAACCCCAUGGGCAUGUCUGUUGCUGCCGCAGCGCUUCAGCGGCGGCCGCACCAGCAUUGCCAUGUGCCAUGCCGUGGCACGCUGGGUAAUCCUCAACAACAGCAACAGACGGCGCAGCAGCAGCAAACGGCGCAGCAGCACCACCACACGCCCGUGGUUGAGCAUAUCGUCACACUGGUGUGUCCACCCGCACUACCGCCGCAGUUUGGUCGUACAUCGACCCUUGGUGGUUUUGUGGACACUGCUGACUCCUGCUUGCAGUACAGCGACGCCCAUCUCCACCUCCAACACCACCAUGACAGCCACAAGCCCCCUCCCUUGCAGCAGCAACAGCUGCAGCCAUCGACCAGCAACAACAGCUGUAACAGCAACAACAACCAUUGCUAUCCAGAUACUCAGGGAAGCAGCGGCAGUAGCAGCAUGCUCGAGCAGGCACUCAGGGAGCAGCAGCUGCUGUGGAGCAAGCUGCGGACCGUUCAGGAGCAACAAGCCGCACUGGAGCAGCAACUGACGCAGCAGCAGAACUUGACAUCGUCACUGCUAAUGCAGCAGCAACAACAACAGUGAGCGGGGGUUAUGAAGCCGUAAGGAAACAAAUGCAGACAAGGAACAAAUGUCGGUAUGGCAGCGAAACGAGGGACAACACGAAGAGGGCGGGGGUGGCUGCGUUGACAUUUGCUCCGGGUUGCUGUCGCUGGUGCGGUUGCGGUUGCUGCCAUGCAUGGAAGGAAGGAAGCAAGGGAGGAGGGGUAAUGCAUGGGGUGACGCACCCUUAGGAGCAGUCAUCUUACGCUAGAAGUGGCUUGUCGUGCAUACGGCGUUUCUUUAUAUACCGAGGUUCCUUUGUAAACCGGGGGUUAAACGCAUGCGCAGUUUGGGUGCAAGACGAUUUUGAGCACAGCUCGGGCAAGGGCCAUGAACGCCUGACACUGCUUACUCGCAAGAGGAAUUGAACGUGUUGGUGGUAAGGAUUGGAGGAAGCGAUGGUUGAAAAGCCAAGGUGAAAGAUGCGUAGGUUCUACAAUUAAAAGGGUACGGCUUUAGUUCGAAAAGUACUGCGCGCAAGAGUUCAAUUGGCUAUUACUAUAGACUACAGCACUGCCUAUACUGGUUAUGGUGGUUGGUGGUGGUGGGAAUUUCCAUGAGAUUACGUAAGUGGCCGCAAGGCAGCAGUGCCAUGCUUGGCAACCUCUCUUGACAUGUGGGCGGCUCCGGAGGAUAUACGGUGGAGGUUACGUCGCUUGCCUAGUGACGGCUCGAAGGCAUGCGGUUGCCAUCCAUUGCGUGUUUUUUUAGCGUGUGGUAUGUCUGGUCGCGAUCUGUGUAUGCAUUGCCUCGCCAGCAAAAGGUCCUUCCCGGGCUCGGUCUUACCAGGCUGGUGCUGUGAGGAGCGGCAGUACGAACUGUGGUAAUGUGUUCUCGGACGUGUCUCCCUGCCGUACCUUGCGCAAAGGGUGUUGCACAGCGGGCGUAUGGAGGUCAUGUGCCAUACAUGCACUCUUAGAGCUAACCUUCAUACUGUGAAGAACGCAGAGUCUGGGAGUUUCCUUUUGUAAGCUCCCGUUACAAACGUUUUAAAGCAUGUGGCUGGGGGGAUUAAACACUGUGCGCGAUGAAUGCGUGAUUACAAAACAUAUUGCCGAAGUGUGCGUACGAGGCUGCUGUUGUGCCAAUGCAUGUGCGUUACUACUGAUUUCACGUGAUACUUCUGAGCAAAGGCUUAUUAUGAUGCGGUGAUUGGAGCUAGGGAUAUGCUGGUUAGCAGUACUGGCGAGGCGCCGCACUGGAGAUGUGGAGCAGUUAGGGGACGGGCCUCCCAGGGGUCUUCUUUCUUCCCGAGCCCUACCUAAGUUAGGUAACCUAAUGUGUUGUAGUCCAAAUGAGCGCGGCUUGCGUCGUGCGCGGGUAAUACUUGUUGUUACGCAGGUGGCAGUGUAAGCUGACGCGCUAUGUGGGUCCCUCGCGCGCUGCAAUACUCGGUGACGUGUCCAUCUUGAACGUGUUCCCUGCCCUCCGGGUUAAGGGUACACGUGUGAUUGACUGCCUAACUGCGGUUGGCAACCUGAACUUGUAUCGCAAGUAGAACGUGGUGCUGUACGUGUUUUGUCGUACAAUGAUGUGAUGCGUUGUGUAUUGUGCGACCUGCUGGUUCAGUCGCUUAUUGCAUGGUUGCCGGUGUUGUUGCUUGUUUGAAUCACGCGGCGGCGUUGACGGCUGAAUCCCGUUGGCCUUGUUGGCUAUGGUACAGCGCACCGGCAUUGGGCUGCUGUUCUUGGGCCCACCCUACUGCGCGACGUCACCAUUGGUUGCUGGUUGCUGUGUAGGUACUAACUGCUAUAUCGCAGGGUUCACGGAUGCCACAGUUGUUGUUGUUGUUUUAAGUCCUUACCCUGCGUGUCCGGGGUUUUUGUUCCUUCAGAUGUUGGUCGCUUACGACACUGCUAAGCAACGCCACCUGCCCCUAUUUCCAGGGUGUCGGGAGUUUAUGUCGGCGCGUUGGUGAAGUAUGGCACAUGUACCGGUGGUAAGCAGCACCUUAUUCGGUACACACUAGCGGACAAGGGGUGCCAGCUUUGGGGUGCCACCAAAGCUGUGGAGGGGACGGCCCCACGCGUGAUGGACCGCAUGCGUGACGAGUGCUGUACUGACGAGGCAUGCGUGCCCAUGCAUGCUGGCACUCUUUGUGGGCACCCCUGCCUUGCUUGCUGGGACCCCUUGCUUGGGAGGCUGCUGGCAAUCCUUACUGGAGAUGCUGACACCCCUACAUAGCUCGAAGUAGUUGGCUCUUGUGUUUGAUGCAUGAUAAAAGUUGCUAACGCAAGGCUACACUCCUUCGCCUAAUUGAGCCUUACAGGCAUGUCGCAUUUGACGUCGGCCAUGCAUUGUACUGUAACAGUAACUUAAUAA